AUGGCGGAGCUCGCGUCAGGCGCUGUGAGCUCCCUGCUGGGCGUCAUCCGCAACGAGGCGCUGCUGCUGGGCCGCGUCCGGCACGACGUGCAGUUCAUCCAGGAGGAGAUGGAGAGCAUGCAGAGCUUCUUGACUCACCUGUCAAAGAAGGCACCCGCCGGCGGCGAGCACGACGAGCAGAUUCGCACGUGGAUGAACCAGGUCCGGCUGCUCGCCCAGGACAGCAACAACUGCAUUGAUCUGUAUCUGUACCGCGGCAACCCCGAGAUCCAUCUAGCCAGGGGCGGCCUCCGGCGGUACAUCGCAUGGCUUCCCUGGUUUGUGCACAAGAUGGUGGCGCAGCAUCGUGCGGCUAUUCAGCUCCGUGCGCUCAGGGAACGUGCCCGUGACAUUGGUGAGCGGCGAUUGAGAUAUGGCGUCGAGGUACCAGCGAAAGGGGCAGGACCGGAGCAUUCGCCUCUAGGGGCUGGGCUCACGCCGGCGGCUGCACUGUCCUCGGCGGUGCAUGCGGCAGCAUCAUCUGCCGCUUCCGGAGAUGAAGAAGAAGAUAAUGACGAUCAACUCGUGGUUGCAACAAAGACCACCAAUCAUUCUGGUCGAAGAGGGGCAUUUUUUGAGCCUCCUACACCGGAGGACAAUGUUAAGGCGAAGCUAGCUGAAUGGAUAGAGGAUGUUGCACAACGCAGCACUGCUGAGAAGAAAUCAAUACAAUCCAUCGCCAUUGUGGCACCAGAUGAGCAAGAUACCUGCGCUAUUGCAGAUGUUGCUCGGAAAAUGUGGGGAGAACAUGGCACGCACAGUGUCUUGGUCGACAUCCCAGCAGUGCACUUCUAUUCUGAAUUGCUUCGAACCAAGGACGUUCUCUACUAUAUACUGCGGGAGCUGCAGUCUGUUCCACUUCCAUCCCAGCAGGACAAAAAGGAUAUUAACUCGAAAAAAUGGGUGCUGAUUGAUGAAAUCACCAAAGAUAUUGAAGGAAUGAAGGUUGGCAAAAAGAUUUCAGAAAUCAUGAAAACUGUUGAACAAAUGAAGGGCAGUCAGUGGCAGCUGGACCUGGAACAUGACGACCGGGACUUGCUGGGCCUGCUGGAAUCCUCUAAGGAUGAACCCUUAGGAGUAAUCCUCCGAGCGUUGUGUGUUCUCAAACACAAGCCAGCUGACGGUGUACCUCUUGCUAUCAAACAUGAACAAGAAAAGAAGCAAGCAACACCUUCAGAGAGGAAGAAAGCCUCGCACGAAGAUAUCAUCAAGGGAACAGCCAAGAAGCUUAAAGAGCAUAUGGAACAAAAUAGAGAUGACAAACAAAAACCUAGCGCAGAGCCAAUUCUUCUCGAUCAAGCCCAUUAUGAACACAUCCUAAGGAAGUUGUUCCCAGAGGCCAGCACGCAGCCCCUCCAGAUCCGUGAGCAAGAUUCGAAGCAAGCCACUGCCGUCACCGCCACUAGCACUAUUAGUGCAUUCAUCGAGGACCUAGUUAAUGAAAUGAUUCAUAAGGUCAUAAAAGAGCUGCAGGAAAACAGAUCCGUGACAGAACCAGGCACAGCUGAGAAACAGGAUGUCAAAUCUGUGAAGGAACCAGAUAGAGCUGCUGGUAAAAAGGAUUGUAUCCCGGAUUCUCUUAUUGAAGAAAUAAUCUACAUGUUUUGGGAAAUCGAGUGGAUGAUGGAAGAGCAGAUCAAGAUCAAAAGGAUCAUGGACAAAAUUAAUGAUUGUUUGAAGAGCCGAGAUGGUCAGAUUCUGGUUAUCCUAAAACUGGAUAAUGACUAUGUGUCUGGGUGGACGGAGUUGAGAAAUGCUUUCAGCUUGAUGGGUCGCAUAGCCGGUGUACUGUUGUUGAACACAACAAUAAAUGCUGAUCGAGCCAAAAAAUAUUGCUGCCCGGAGCGGGAGCCCAUAGACUAUUCCCUUCUUGGCCUCUACCAUGAUACUGCACUCGAGCUUACAAAGAAGCACAUGAUUGAAGAUAGCCCGCGGAUUUUUCUUGACAUCUUGGGCGAGUGUAAGCAACAGGAAUUCUGCAUGAAGAUCUUCGUUCAUGCUUUGAACGCCAACCCCAAGAGAAGCAAGGAAGAGCUAAUCAAGUUGCACACAACCCUGCAGCAGGUUCCAGAUGACUCGUUAGAAAAAAUUGCUAAUAAGAUGCUCAAGUUCUCUUAUAGUGAUCUUCCUAAUGAAUACAAGUCCUGCUUGCUGUACCUAGCUAUUUUUCCUCGGCGGCAACGCAUCAGGCGGUCAACCUUAAUAGGACGUUGGGUUGUAGAAGGGCUGAUUACGAAGGAAGACUGGGCCAGUCCUCUGAGCCUAAGGGGAACAGAUGUUACACAUCUACCCACUGAAAUCAACAACCUCCGUGAGCUGGAAGUAUUGGAUAUCAGAGAGACCAAUGUACCUCCAUCUGCAACAGUAAAUCUCUUACUCCUGAAGUUGAAGCGUUUGUUGGCUGGUCGCAUUGUUCUGAGUUCAGGGGCAAGUAGUACUGAAUUAUCUAGUGUUGAGAUUCCUGAGAAGGUCGAAAAAAUGGUAAACAUGGAGGUAUUGUCCAAUGUCAAGGCAAGAAAAAGAAGAGAUUUGAAAGAUAUUGGAAAGUUGUGGCAGCUGAGGAAGCUUGGUGUGGUUAUCGAAAACAAGGAGCCACACCUCAGGAAUUUUCUUCGAGCUAUUAGUGAUCUGCAUGAGUGCCUCAAGUCUCUGUCAAUCACUCUUCCCAGUACAGAGGACAGCAAAGUCUUCACAUCGUGGGUUCUUGAGCACUAUAAAAACACUCCCAAGCUUCUUGAGAGCCUAAGCAUUUCUGGAACCACACAAACAGUGCAACUUCUUCAAUUGUUCACCAGAGAUAGUGACCAGCUCCAACUUGACAAGGUAACUCUAUCUGGUACCAAGCUGAGGAAGGCUGAUCUGAAGGUCCUUGCCAGUCUGCCCAAAUUAGCAUGUCUCAGGCUGCGAGACAAGGCAUACAUCGAUAGUGACCUCACCUUCAUCAAUGGUGAAUUCAUAAAUCUCAAGUGCUUUCUUAUUGAGGGUUCCAACAUAAUUGUCCUCAACUUAGGUGGGGCACAUAAACUCGAGAAGAUCGUUCUGUGCUCCACCGAUGGCCUACUGUCAGUUUGUGGAGUCGAAGACCUUCCGGAACUAAAGGAGGUUGAGUUGAAGAACAUCAAUAAGCUUUCACUGUUUGAGAAGGCCAAAAACAUCUCCAAGGUGACUCUGUGUCAUACCAUUCUUUGUCAAGAAGAGCUGGAGAUUCUUGCCAAGAUACCUAACAUGCGCAACCUAGUACUGAAGGAGAUAUCUUAUGUACAGAGCCAACACAUCUUCUACGAACACGACUUCCCAAGGCUCAAACUUCUUGUCAUCGAAUUUUCUGCCAUCACCAAUAUCGUCUUUGCUAGCCAAUCUGCUACUAAUCUCGAGAGAAUAAUCUGGUCCUACACCAAGGGUACACUCUCUGGCAUUGACAACCUUCCAAAACUGAAGGAGCUCGAGUUCAAUGGUGAUUUUGUCCCCGAUGUGGUGAAAGAAGCAUUGAAAAGAAAUGACAACAAACCCAAGCUUAUACACAACAAACCAGAAAACCAACACCAAGAAGCUGGUAACAUACCAGAAAAGGAAGAUUCUCACAGAUUCCCAUUAUUCUGGAAGAGAGAGGAUUGAUGCCCGAGGAGCCGUUCGUAUCAUCAUUCAUCAUCGACUCCCAUCCCAUGGUAUGGUUUGUGUGUGUGCUCUUUGGUUUGCUAUUGUGUGUUUCUGUCCAGUGUGCCUUAUUCUACCUGUGUGUCCUGUAAAUAAGAUUGAACAUAUGUAAUGGUGUGUAGUGUUCAUGUGUUCCCUGUAAGUAAGU